GUACGCGGUCACAUGUAUAUUUCCCGUGCUGCCGGCCCAAAAUUGGGUGUCAAAUAGCGCCGUCCCUUUUACUAGUGUUUUCGCCGGUUACAAAUAUCUCUUUCUUUCUAUUCUACUCUUCUCUACUCACUAUACACAUCAAAAUUCUCCAUUGUUUAGUUAGGUUAAAAUCUGAAGAGGAGACUUCAAAGUCAUUUCGAUUUGCUUGCUUUACCGAUCACUUCACCACAUUUUUUCUGAAGCUAAUCCCUAUAUGAUGUCUGAGGAAGCUGCUAGAGAUCUCAUUGCACUACCUGAAGCUGGGAAGAACAUUGAAAUCUCCAGUAACGGGAGUGUCCCGGUUACAGGGGUUGAGAGUAUUGAUAAAAAUCAUAAAGAGAAGGAAAGAGAAAAGCCUGCCUUACUGGUUGAACCUGUCCUUAAUGGAGACUGCACGGUGAAAACUGGGGCAGAGGUGGUUUCAGAAGUAGAAUACAUAGAGUCUGAGAAUUUGAAUGAUGUAGAAGAUGUUGACACAAGCCUUAAGACACUGUUGACUGGGCUAGAGUCCAAGGACUGGGUUUUAGUGUGUGAGACUCUCAAUGAUGUUCGGCGUCUGUCCUUAUUUCACAAAGAAGCCAUGGUUGAUAUGUUGGGAAAUGUGAUCUCCCUUAUUGUGAAAUCUUUGAAAAAUCCAAGAAGUGCUGUUUGUAAAACUGCUAUUAUGGCAUCAGCUGACAUUUUCAAAGCAUACUGUGACAGCGUAAUUGACUCAAUGGAUCCACUGCUUGUACAACUUCUUCUGAAAUCUUCACAAGACAAGCGAUUUGUAUGUGAGGCAGCUGAAAAAGCUCUGAUAGCUAUGACAACAUGGGUUUCUCCAUCACUGUUGUUACCGAAGUUGCAACCAAAUCUGAAACACAGAAAUCCUCGAAUUCGAGCAAAAGCUUCAAGCUGCUUUUCUCGAAGUGUACCACGUCUGGGAGUAGAGGGAAUCAAAGCAUAUGGAAUUGAAAUCUUGAUCCAAAUAGCUGCAUCUCAGCUCAGUGAUCAGCUUCCUGAGUCAAGGGAGGCUGCUCGUACACUGUUGUUAGAACUGCAAAAUAUCUAUGAAAAAGCACCCAGCGUUACCCCAACGGCUGUGAGUGAUGAAGACCCAGAAACAAUUUCCUGGGAGCAUUUCUGUCAAUCAAAUCUCUCGCCUUUGAGUGCUCAAGCAGUUCUUCGUGUAACCAAUCUCACUAGGGAGGGUAUUGUUUUAGGUUCAUAGUAUUUGUGCAAGUAAUGAACUAUAGUUCAUCUUUGUCCGUCCCCAUUUUUUGGUUUGGUUUCUUAUACCUGUAUAUACCAUGAAAGGUUUGAGGUGUUUGCGAGGCCGUUAGACCAUAUAGAGAGCUAUAGAUUUUAUAGUGUCUUGAAGAUAUGGUUUAGAUUACAUUUGCAUUAUACUUAAAGUCGUUCAUGAAUGCUUUUUUGCAGUAUGCAGUAUACGUGUAAUUGUGCUCGUUCAUUGUUUCCCGUGGUAUGUUAAUGGUUGAAGAGCAAAAUGCAAUAUUGAGAGGUCAA